AUGUUCGGAUUCGGCCAGCGCAAGGCCGAAGUUGAGACCACAGCGCAACCCGUUGAUCAGCAACAAGACGCCAAUGUCGAUACCCUCGUCAACGAAGGGCCAACCGGGGGAAAGACGAACUGGAAGAAUCUGAUUCCGGUGAUUGCUUGUGGUGCUGGACUCUUUUCGGAUGGUUAUAUCAACAAUGUCAUCGGCUCCGUCGUCACCAUUCUAGACCGAGAAUAUCAGGAAGUCUGGAGAAACUCGAACGCGAAGAAGUAUGUGGGCGACAUUGCGUUUGCCGGAACGGUGGUGGGGAUGUUAUUGUUUGGAUAUCUAUCCGAUAAAUGGUCACGAACAAACUCCCUCCUAGUCUCAACCAUCAUCCUUAUCGUCUUCGCCGCCCUCGCCGCAGGAAGUUACUACAAGGGUGACGCAGUCGGCAUGUUCAACAUCCUUACCGCCUGGCGCUUUUUUGUCGGCCUCGGCAUCGGAGGCGAAUACCCCGCUGGCUCCGUCGGCUGCGCCGAAAACACGGGCGAGCUCAAGUCCGGUCAGCGCAACAUGUGGUUCAUCCUCUUCACCAACUCCAUGAUCGACUGGGGUUUCGUCAUCGGUGCCUUUGUUCCCUACGUCGUUUCCGCCGCCUGCCACAACGGCCACCUCUCCACCAUCUGGCGCACCAGUCUCGGCAUCGGCGUCGUCUUCCCCCUCGUGCUCUUCGUCUUGCGCCUCUUCGUCUCCGAACCCGAAGAGUUCCAGAAAAACAGCAUGAAGAACGCCCGCACGCCUUACCUCCUCGUCCUGCGCUUCUACGGCUUCCGUCUCUUCAUCGUCUCCCUCAUCUGGUUCAUCUACGAUUUCUCCGCGUACAGCUUCGGCAUCUACUCGCCCAAAAUCGUCGCCAACAUCUACCCCGCCGACUCGCCCCUGACCACCAUCUUUGGCUGGAACACCGUCAUCAACCUCUUUUACAUCCCCGGCACCAUGCUGGGCGCGCCCGUCUCGGACCUGCUUGGGCCCCGCUACGCUUUGGCGCUCGGCGUCUUUGCGCAAGCCAUAGUGGGCUUCAUCAUGGCCGCUUGCUACUCGUCCCUCGCACAGCCCGGUCGCGUCGCUGCUUUUGCUGUCGUCUACGGCAUUUUCCAGAGUCUGGGCGAGCUAGGACCGGGAAACAACAUUGGCCUCAUUGCGGCCAAGACGUGCGCCACGGGCAUCAGGGGACAGUAUUAUGGACUGGCGGCGGCCGUGGGCAAGAUCGGUGCCUUUGUCGGGACGUGGGUGUUUCCUUAUAUUGAGGCGGCGGGUGGAGGGGAUGAAAGGUUGGCGGCGCAGUACCCCUUUUGGGUGUCGAGUAGUUUGUGUGUCUUGAGUGCGGUGUUGGUCUUGUUUUGCUUGCCGCAUAUUGGACAGGAUACGAUCCAGGCGGAGGAUGCGAGGUUCAGGGCUUUCCUGGAGGAGAAUGGCUAUGAUACUCGGCAACUGGGAUUGAGGAAGGGGGAGGAGAUUGGAGAGUUGGGGGAGGCGGAGGGGGCGGAGGAGGUGAGUAUUGAGAAGAAGGUAAGUCCUGCUCAGUGAGGAGGGUUUGGAUGGUGUUUUGAGGAGGGGUAAGGAAUUGUUUUACUUGAAGGUGGAAGGGAAGGUUGUGGUGUUCGAAAACUUUGACGAAGAGGUGGGUUGGGGAGGUAAUGGAUGAUGAUUGUAUGAUUGAUAUCCCAUAGUAAUACGAAAUAUAACACUAUA